ACAUAAAUGUUCAUCAAUAUUCAUAACACAUCCAUUUUGAGAGAGAGAGAGAGAUGGAAGGAAUGAGAGAAAUCGCGAGAUCCUACUACGAGAGAGCAAGCGAUGCCGAGAAAAAAUCAAUCAAACAAUCCUUCGCUAAACUCGACUUGGACGGCGACGGGAAGAUAAGCCUGGCCGAGUUCAAGAAAACGACGAGCUCGUGGCUGUGCGCGGAGGCGGUGUUCAAGAAGCUCGAUGAGAACGGGGACGGAUGCCUCGAUUUCGAGGAAUUUCUGUGCCUUCACUACAUGGAGCAGAAGGUGGACAUCGCCAGGUGCAGCGGCUGCUGGGAGCUGCUGGUGGGGCCCUACUUCUCUUGCUUGCUUUGCUUCGGAAGAGGCGCCGACGCGUAUGAUCUCUGCUGCGCUUGCUACCGCCACGGCGGCAGUUUGUCGCAUGAGCACUCUGUGCAGAACAUGAUGGAUCACCACUCUCUCAUCAAGCUCUUCCGGAAUCGCACCGCUGCUGCUGAAAAAGAUAAGAAUAAGAAAGAAAUGGAGGAACUGCGCGAAAUCGCAAAAGCCCACUACCGAGCCGGCUCUCCUCAAGUCCAAACAUUAGCCUACGAGUUCUACCGGUCCAUGGACUCGGACGGAGACGGCCGAGUCGACCUGUCCGAGUUUCUAGCCUUCAUGAGUCACGAAGGCUAUCCCUACAUGCAAAACGCUAGUUUCUUCGACGAGCUCGACGUCGAUGGCAACGGCACCCUUGACUUCUCCGAGGUCAUGACGUUGUACUACAUCAUCAAGAGCGGCCGCCCCUUCUGCGACUGCUGCGCCAAAUUCAUCCCCGGAGUAUUCUUCUCCUGCGUCGAGUGUUUUAAGAAUCCUAAUACCUCGUUCGAUCUGUGUCGGGAUUGCUACCGGGUGGGGAGGUGCGACCAUAAUCACGGCGGCCGGGCUCAGUUUUUGGAUAAUCAUACGUUGUUGCAGGCUAUGAGAGAUCCGGCGCUUGCACAUGCGUCGGGAGUAGCAUUUCAUGAGGCAUUGAAUAGACCAACUAAUGCCAUAGUUCCAUUGCAACAUGAUGGAAUCUACAUGAAUAAUUCGUACCCGACUCCAUACAAUUCAAACAUACAUCCCCAAAAUGCAAUUGUUCCAGCAUCAUCAAAUAUAAAUUGGAGCAAAUGGAAGCUUGCACUUAAUGCGUUUGAAGUAUCACUCAGCGUUGGGAACGUUGCCGGCACCCUUUGCACUAUCUUGUGAUCUUCUUUGGCUACGAGCAAUUUUCUACUAUGUCUUUUCUCCCUAUUUGCAUAUUUGUUGCUCUUGAGUGUGACAGACAUCACUUGAAAUUCUAUUGCAUUUGGUAUUUCACUUCGGAUUU